AUGGCCACCGCGGGAGCAUCAGCAAGAACAGGUGGAAAAGAACUUGAAGCUGUUGAAUCAGCAGAGCUUGAUGUGGAAGAUGAAAUUGGAAACAGUGAGAAUGAGGAUACUCAAGCUCGUGAUGACUCUGAUGAGGAAAUGGAUUCUGAUGAGGAACAGCAGAGGUAG